AUGCGCCUCACCUUUGCUCUCGUCCUCCUCGUAUCCCCAGCUCUCGUCGCGGCGACUCUGGAUCCGGCCAGCUCCAACACGAAGGGAAAAUGUCCGAGUACUUACAACUGCAGUGUGACCAAAGUGUCUACAGCCAUCCAGGCUGCUGAGUGCUCGCACAACACCCGAACCUCCGAGACGCAGACUUUCGCCGUCUUUGUGACUGAUCAUCAGUACGAUGGCAACAACGGUUACCCCUACGGGACCUGCUCUGCGUACACGUGUGACCCGCCUACCUCGGACCAAAUGGAGGACAACGACGACUGCUGGACGUUCUUCUGGAAUGGGAGCGGUGCGGACAGCGGCUUCGGAACUGAUUGCGUCAAGGACCCCACCACUGGAAACUGCGGCUGUCAGAACUCGGAUGGCACAUUCGUCCCUAACAGCAGUACCUGCAAGUAA